CAGUUGUCAACAGGCUGCGCGAGAAAACGAGCAGUUGGAACUACUUGGAACGUGGAGAAGGAAACUGACAAAUAAACCUGUUCCGUGGACAAAAACCGCUGAUCUUGGUUGUAUCCAAAAACAAAACAGGCCGUUUUCUCGCGAAGCCCCCUGGGCCUGGCCGACAUGCGAAAUCUGACUCUGCCUUAGGCAGACGCGAGUCCCAGGCUGGGUUGAAUGGCAUUGAGCGUACAAGAUUGUGACUCAGUGGGAGUGCUGCAAUGACCAGUCGGCAGUUCAGCCAUGCAUCAAGCGCUCACGACCCAGACAAACCGCCACCUACUCUGGCCCCCAAGUUGCAUGUGCAUCGAUCACCGUCAAAGGACACAAUCACCAUUCGCUUCUCUGCUUUUGGGAAGGAGGAAGAGGAUGAGGAGGAAGAGUUGUAUUGUACAACAGCCCCCUCCAUCCCAGUCACUCAGGAUGACUCAAACGUUGUUACAGCUGUAGAGGCAAAUGAGGAGAUGUUUCAAGGGUCGUCACUGGAUGUUGCUGCUGAGGUUCCUGUUGAUUUGGAAUCAUCCAGACUUACUCCUCUUUCUAGACAUCGUACUAACGAUGCACCCACACAGACCUUCUCAGCAAAUAUUGUUGAGCAGAAAGGCUCAACUUCUAAUGCUUCGCCUUCUAAAUCUUUAAGCUUUCCCUCCAGUGACAAACCAUUUUUAAGUUUGGUUAAGUCUAUCUCCUCUGAUGCUGAGGCUCGUGACGGGGUCUCAUCUGUUCCUGCUCCAACAGUGAGGCACAGGCAUCUCAUGAAGACUCUUGUCAAGUCCCUAUCUUCAGAUACAUCCCAAGACUCCUCCUUUUCUGCACCAUACCGUCUUUCAGAAUCCCGUCUUAACCUGCAACUCUUUAGGCAAUUUAUACCAUCUGCUACAGUGUCGACUGCUGUUGAUUCUAAAACUGCCCCUUCCUCUCCGCUGACAUCGCCAGAUAAUCGCAGCUUCUUCAAAGUCUCCGAUGUUGAGGCACGCAUUGAAGACACCAAACGUCGCUUUUCUGAAGUCAUUUCUGAACCAUUCCAACUUUUGACUAAGAUCAUGGAUGAAAAGAGUGGCAGCAAUAUUUACCGGCCCAAGACCCUUUCUGCCAGUGCCUCAGAACUCACCAGCGAGGCAAUCAACGGUCACCUUGAGAGUAACAACAACAACUAUUGCAUUAAGGAGGAAGAGGGAGGUGAAUGGGAGGCUGAGAGCCCCAACUGCAGAUCUUCUGUUUCACUUGAAUCAGUUUCCUCCUCUGUUAACACUAAGAGCCCCAGCAAAUCACUGUCCCUUUCCAUGUCACUGGACAAAUGCUCUAUGUCUGCUCUUGCCAAACAGGAGGACGAGGACUUCUGCAUCUUAUACAGUGAUGAUUUUGAAACUUGUACUGACACUGAAGGUGAUGGUGCUAAUAGAACUGAUGAAAGUGGAACUGACAGUCAGAUUAAAAUGCCAGUAAGUGGUAGCACAGAACCAUGCAGUGAAGAUGAAUUGGAAAAUGUUGAGUUGGUACCCAGUGUUCCAUACUAUACUCUUGUUGCCCUUACUGUGCUGGUGUAUGGGUAUUUUGUAUUACCUCUGCCAAGUUACUUUGGAGGAAUGCUGCUUGGGAUUGGCCUGGGAUUCCUUGUAGCCAUUGGUGUUGUGUGGCUCACAGGACCAAAUUCUUCUAAAACAUAUUUUAGGUGCGAUAGAAAGCUGUCAAACAUCACCAGGUUGGACAUUAAAGAACCGGAAAUCUAUAAGGGCUGGAUGAAUGAGAUUUCAAACUAUGAUCCAGAGACCUACCAUGCCACACUGACACACUCCGUGUAUGUCCGACUGGAGGGCUCCGUCAUUCGCCUUUCUAAGCCCAAUCACAACAUCGCCCGCCGUGCCACACACAAUGAACCAAAACCUGAUGUCACUUACAUCAGUCAGAAAAUCUAUGACCUCACCAACAGCAAAGUAUAUCUAGUGCCUAACAGCCUGGCCAGGAAGCGUGUAUGGAAUAAAAAAUACCCUGUGUGCAUUGAACUGGCCAAGCAGGAUGGCUUCAUGUCAAAGGCAGAGGGGCACAGGUGGGAAGCCAGCGAGGGCACAAGCUUGACAAGCAGGGAAGACGGCAGUGGAGGAACACUGGAAAAAGGAGCUUCAGCUUCAUCCAGCAGAGAUGUGACCCUUUAUUUGUUCGGAAGGACUGGAAGAGAGAAAGAAGAGUGGUUUCAGCGAUUUCUUUCAGCAUCCAAACACAAGACAAGCCUUAAGAAAACAACCAGUUUUGCAGGAAUUAAGAGCGCUCAGAGCUCCCACAGUCGCAGCAGCAGCCGCAGCAGUCUAGACGAGACACUGGUGCCUCAGCCCAAAUCAAAGGACCCCUCAGUUUCCUCUGCAGUGGCAGGCAAUGCCAAAGCCAAGCUGCCUUUUGACUACAGUGUCUAUAUGGCCUCCAUAUUGCCAGAACAGGCAGCAGUUAGCUCUGUUGCUACCAGCCCUUUCGUCCAGAGUCCUCAGAACAGCCCUGGGGCAGACAAAAAGUUUCAGACCACCACUUCAAGUCAAGCUCAUCCAAGGGAAGAGGAUGAGGCUGUUGCUUGGGUGAAUGCAGCUCUUGGCCGUGUCUUCUGGGACUUCCUGACUGAACCCCAUUGGGCUGAAGUUGUCUCCAAGAAGAUUCAGAUGAAGCUCAGUAAGAUACGGUUGCCUUACUUCAUGAAUGAGCUAACGCUGAAUGAACUGGACAUGGGCUCUGUCACUCCCAGAAUCCUUGGUGCAUCCAAACCCUCCAUUGACUAUAGAGGUCUGUGGUUUGACUUGGAGAUUUCUUACAGUGGCUCAUUUCUGAUGACCUUGGAGACCAAGAUGAACCUCAUUCGCCUGGGCAAAGAGGGCGAAGGUGCCCGAAUAGGGGACCUUGGCAAAGAAGGAUACAGGCCACGGACUUACUGCUUAGCUGAUAGUGAUGAGGAGUCAUCCAGUGCUGGCUCAUCAGAUGAGGAGGACUCCUCGGGGGUGUCAAACGAGUCUGUUGGAGCAGAGGGUUUGGUUGGAGGCCACAAGCCGAGCAAGAUCAUGCGCUUCGUGGACAAGAUUGCCAAAUCGAAAUACUUUCAGAAGGCCACAGAGACAGAAUUUAUCAAAAAGAAGAUGGAAGAAGUGUCAAAUACACCACUCCUACUUACAGUUGAGCUGCAGGAACUUCAGGGAACGCUGGCUGUCAACAUUCCUCCUCCACCAACUGACAGAAUAUGGUAUGGUUUUAGGACACCACCUCAUCUGGAAUUUAAGGCACGACCCAAACUUGGAGAAAGAGAAGUCACUCUGGCUCAUGUUACUGAUUGGAUAGAGAAAAAACUGGACCAGGAAUUCCAGAAAAUCUUUGUAAUGCCAAACAUGGACGAUGUGUGGCUGACUGUCAUGCAUUCUGCCAUGGACCCACGCACAGCUGGCGGGCCGUUGGUUAGUCCCCCAGUAGACUCUGAGGCCUCCCAGGAGGAGAGAGAAAGUACCACACCACCAUGAGGACAGUUUACAGUAUUUUCUGAUCUCAUAACUGGAAAUGAAGUCAACGUUCAUAGGUCAGACACAAACACAUUACUGUAGUAGGUGUUUUAAUUGCCAUAGGGAGACUAUAUGAACGAACAAUGUAGAAAUGACCAAGGAAACACUACACAGUGAAACUGCAACUUGCUGCUCUUUUCUGUAGUAUUUAUAAGGUAACCGAGCAAAUAAUUUGUUUUAUAUAUAUAUAUCAGUGACUCAGACUUCGGGGGUUGAUGAAGUUCACAAAGGGUAAUAUAUGAAGAUGCAAGUACAUAAUGUCUUUUGUGGAAGCAUUCACCGGAUACCUUACUGCCUACAAAUGAUAGUCUUCUGCUAAGACCAGAGUGUGAGACAGAUAGGUAGCCCUUUAGUUACACAAGUGGAGAUUUGCACUUCAGUAUGACACACUUUUGUAAAAUAAUAGUGAAUGAUACCUGUGUGACGAAGCCUAGUUACUUACAUUGGUGAGAAUCAAGCGAAAGCAAGUUUAAGCAAGCUCAGAUACUUCAUGGUACAGUAUGUUAAUUUGCCAUUAAACCAUUACGUGGCUUAAUGUGAGCAGUUAUAUCAGGUGUUAACAAACAGUAUUUCUUUGUGCUGUGAACACACCCUGAAUGCUUUUUUUUUUUUUUUGCCAAACCCUGCUUUUAUGCCAACAAUGCCGUUAUCUAUGUCUCUCUGGAAAUAUUUAUCAAGAGCCUUCACUAUGUAAAUUUCUUACUGAUAACAAACACAUUAAGUGCAAUGAUAGGGUGCAUAGGCUUUAGUAUGAUCUCUUAUAUGUCUUACAGUAUAUUAAAGUGUACGUCUGAGAAGAAUGAGUCUAUUAAAUGUAUGUUUGGACAUGUUUUAUAUAUGAAAACAGUUUUUACCCACUUGGUUGGGAUAUGCAAAUGGUUGCACAAACAAGUGAUUUUUUUUUUUUUGUUAUGAUUCCUUACAAUAAACACUAGCUCAUUUUGCAUCGUUUUAGAUAUGUCAUUCAGUCAAUAUACCUGAGUAAACAUUUUGAAUUUAAAGACUAGCCUUGUAAUAUAUUUGGAAAGACACUUAUCGCUAUACUUGACUUGUAGUUAGCAUUUGCUGAACUUAACAUACAUUCUAUCUGUUAAAGUUAUAGCCAAGAGGUUUUUCGAGAGAAUAUAUUUUUUUAGCCAUAUUUGUAAUGUUUACUAAGGUCGUCGUGGCUAUUGGUGCCAGAUCUCUCUGUCCAAGGUACACAUCCUGGAUCGAUGUUGUAUUGUAAUAUAAAAUUUACAAAUGCAACACAUUACCCGCAUCAAAACUUUUACCCAAUACCAAUUUUUCUGUUUGCCCUUCCCUUAUUUUGCUCUUAUAGCAUUCUAAUGCACUGUAACAAAAAAAAGUUUUGGUGUCUUUUACUUCGCUGCAUUUUUUUUGAAUGACUAAAUAAAGGUUAUGUUUAUAUUUUUUGUCUACUUUGAAAUAAACAGAAUGAAAUAAGGUUUUUGAGAAUAUAUGAAGAUCAUGUCAUGACUUGUAAUCUGUGAAAAAUUAACUUUUUAAAGAUUUGGAUAUAAUUGUAUGGUCCUAUUCAAUGAUUAUUUCUAUCUGCCUAAUUUAUAAAGCAAAAUAAAUCCUUUGCCAAAUGAAAACAUA